AUGAAGUAUAUAGGAGGCUAUGGUGCGACGGUCCAAACGGGAUACUUGCGUAGAAAAAGACUAUACCAGCAGGACCAAUGCUCGCAGGCCUCGAAGGAGGAACGGCUUCGGCCCCGCAAGCUGGGUGCCACUUCGUCGGCGGCGGCGCUGCAGUCAUCGUUCCGGAGCCCCGAGGCAAGCAGCAGCAGCAGCCGGCAGCUGUUUCCGCGGCGGACGCAGUCGCUUCCGGGAUCGAAGACGAGCCGCUUCCGGGCUGUGAGCCGCGAGCCGCCCCAGUCGGACUUGGAGGAGAACACCAUCGUGGUCACCAGGGGACGCCACGCGCAGCAGCGACACACGCCCCUACUGGCGGCCGCCGGGACGCGGCUGCGAUACGUGCCCGCCAGGAACACACAUACGGUACGGCUGAACCGCUUCAAGGUGCGCCUGACGGCGCGCCCCGAUGCGUCGUCCGAGCCGUCUUCGGCUGAGGAAGAGCCGGCGGCCGCCACACCGUCGUCCAUGUCCUCGGCUCCUCCGCCGGUGGAGGCGAGCGACGACGUGGACCCGCUGGUGUCCAUCGACCCGGCGCGGGUGCGCUACGAGCCGACGACGCUGACCAGCCUCGUGACGCUGCACGCGGCUCAGGGCAAGUCGGUGGUUCGCACGCUCACCAUCACCACGUCGGUGCCUCGCACGCUCGAGCCCUCUGAGCUCGUCUCCAACGGGAUCCUCGAAGGUUCCGAGGGACCGCCUGCUGCUCUCACCAUGGCCCCCAUCGACGGGUCGGACGAACAGACGCCGCCGCUCGUCGUCUCCAGUUUGUCUAAUCUCCCUGGAUAUCUCUUCCUCUCGGCACAUGGCACGGCUACAUCCAUGGAACCUUCGUGGCCGCUCGGACCUCGGCUUGCGCAACAGUACUUCCAGCGUCUACCCUACAAGUCCAUGGGUGGCGCGAACGACCGAUUUCAGCGAGAGUUCUUGAACGUGGAAUUUGGUCACGGCUGCCGCGUCUACGAUCGGCUGUGGUCUGAUGUCAAUCUGUCUACUCUAAACUCGGUUCGAGACUUUGAGAAGCGCAAUGUCGCCGUGCAAGUGUUGCGCAAAGCGUUUCCCGCCGAAAACGUACGACCCCGGAGAGAUGAAGGGAGGGAGCAGUUCCUGCAGCAAUACCUGCAGCAGUACCUGCAGCAGCAGGGAGGGAGCAGUACCUGA